AUGGAGAAGGUGCGGGAGGCAGACGCGCUGGGUGGCGGGAUGAAGGGCGACGGACCGGAGCUGCCGCCCCCGCUGCCCCCGUCGCCGCCAGCCCCGCCGUCGCCGCCGUCUCCUGCGACCCCGGAGCCUCCCGAGCCCCUGCAAUCGGAGCCGCCGUCCGAGGCCCACGCCCGGCAGCUGCUGCUGGAGGAGUGGGGGCCGCUGGGCGGGGGCCUGGAGCUGCCCCCGCGCCUCACCUGGAAGCUGCUGCUCCUGCGGCGGCCGCUCUACCGCAACCUGCUGCGCUCGCCCAACCCCGAGGGCAUCAAUAUUUACCAGCCAGCUCCCCCAACAGCUCCCACCCAGCAACCCCUGGAGGCUCUGGGCAAUUUCCGAGGAUGGUACAUUGGAUCUGAGAAGCUCCAGGGAAACCUCAGCUGGACAGUGAAACAGCAGUGCGUGAACCUCCUAGCCGAAGGCCUGUGGGAGGAGCUGCUGGAUGACGAGCAGCCCAAUGUCACCGUCAUGGACUGGUUCGAGGACAGCCGACUGGACGAGUGUGUCUAUGAGCUGCACGUCUGGCUGCUGGCGGCUGACCGUCGCACGGUCAUUGCUCAGCACCAUUUGGCACCCCGGACCUCUGGGCGAGGCCCCCCGGGGCGCUGGGUCCAGGUGUCACACGUCUUCCACCAGUACGGCCCUGGCCUGCGUUUUGUCCACUUCCUGCACAAGGCCAAGAACCGCAUGGAGCCUGGGGGCCUGCGGAGGACGAGGGUGACUGACUCCUCCGUGUCUGUGCAACUCAGGGAGUGA